GGAAAGAGAGAGAGAGAGAGGAAGUAUGAUAAGCGUUGAACCGUUCUUCUCCGUUUGAUUCUCCAGUUCUGACUCUAUUUCUCGUCUCGUCCUAGUGCGUUUUGCAUACUCGUGCUGGAACGAGAAAUCGAUAGAGAAUCUCCAAGUGGAUGAGUGUGGUUGGGAGAGGAUGCCGCGAUCCAGUUCGGCAGCGCACCACCACCGUCAGAGCUCCGAUAACUUCAUCCUCGACGCUCACGGAAGGUGGUUACACUCUUCGAGUUUCGCGCAGGAGUUCGGGACUCGAUCUUCGAGCUUAAGGAAAAACGACGAUGAUCGCGUUUUGACCAGUGGCUUGCUUGAUCUGCAUUCCUUCGAUACCGAACUUUUACCUGAGGUGUAUGGUGUUCACAAUGAAUAUUUAACAAAUCAUACUGUUCGGGGACAAAGUUUUGAUGACUAUGAGUCAAUUCUUUCUGGCAACAAACUUGUACAAAGGUCUCGGGGCUUGCCUGAGAGCCAUCUCCUUAAAAGUGUCUCAACAGAUAAAGAGAGAGCGAACAAUGUGGCCAAGAUCAAAGUUGUGGUUCGGAAGAGACCACUAAAUAAGAAGGAAAUAACAAAGAGAGAGGAAGAUAUCAUUUCCAUAGAUUCAAAUUUUCUCACAGUGCAUGAAAGAAAACUAAAGGUUGACUUAACAGAAUAUGUUGAGAAACACGAGUUUGUUUUCGAUGCUGUGCUGAAUGAAGGUGUUUCAAAUGAUGAAGUGUAUGCCGAGACUGUGGAGCCAGUUGUUCCGCUGAUUUUCCAACGAACAAAAGCAACUUGCUUUGCAUAUGGUCAAACUGGGAGUGGGAAGACAUAUACUAUGCAACCAUUGCCUCUCAAAGCUUCCCAAGAUAUUUUAAGAUUAAUGCACCAUACAUACCGGAACCUGGGUUUCCAAUUGUUUGUUAGUUUCUUUGAAAUAUAUGGGGGAAAACUUUUUGAUCUCCUCAAUGAUCGAAAAAAACUUUGCAUGAGGGAGGAUGGGAAACAGCAGGUUUGCAUUGUUGGCUUGCAAGAAUUUAGAGUAUCUAAAGUUGAGACAAUCAAGGAAUUUAUUGAGAAAGGAAAUGCCUCAAGAAGUACUGGUACAACUGGAGCAAACGAGGAAUCCUCCCGAUCACAUGCUAUACUUCAGCUUUGUAUUAAGAGAUCAGCUAAUGGAACUGAAUCAAAGCCUGCUCGAAUUGUGGGCAAAUUAUCUUUUAUAGAUCUGGCUGGAAGUGAACGUGGUGCAGAUACUACAGAUAAUGACAAGCAGACUAGGAUUGAAGGGGCAGAAAUAAAUAAAAGCUUACUUGCUCUGAAAGAAUGCAUUAGAGCUCUUGACAAUGAUCAAGGGCAUAUCCCUUUCAGAGGAAGUAAAUUGACUGAAGUUCUGCGAGACUCUUUUGUUGGUGAUUCACGUACUGUAAUGAUAUCAUGCAUUUCACCUAGUUCAGGUUCAUGUGAACAUACUCUUAACACAUUAAGAUAUGCUGACAGGGUGAAGAGCCUGUCCAAAGGGAACAGUUCUAGAAGGGAUCCCCUUUCUAACUCAAACCUUAGAGACUCCACUGUGUUGCCUGGGUCUUCAGUUUUAUCUCAUGAUGAUACCUUUGAGGAGGAAACAACAUAUGUUUCCAGUGAUAGGAAUCAAUUUGGUUGGCCCAAACAACAGGAAAGAGAACCCUCUCCUCCAAAUAAUGUGGAGCGUGUUCCAAGUGGUAGAAUGGGGGGAAAUUUGGUGCCAUCUGUGUAUUCUGAUCCACAAAAUGGUCAACGAGGUAGUCAAAAUGACAGAACUGCAAAUGAAUAUGAUUACCUAGGACCAACAUAUGAACAAGACAAAACAAGAAAGACAAGUAAGAGGGUGGAUAACAACCAGUUAUCUGCUGUGGAGGACAAGAGAAAGAAAGAAUCUCGUGUUAAACGUGUGGAUGCAUCACAUUCUGAGGCUAAUCAUUCUGAUCCCGACGAUAAUUUAAAUGCUCUCCUGAAGGAAGAGGAAGAUCUUGUAACUGCACAUCGGAGACAGGUGGAGGAAACAAUAGACAUUGUUAAGGAGGAGAUGAAUUUACUCGUCAAAGCUGACCAACCAGGAAAUCAACUGGAUGAUUAUAUUUCCAAAUUGAAUACCAUUUUAUCACAAAAGGCUGCAGGAAUUUUUCAGUUGCAAACACAGUUGGCUCAAUUUCAGAGACGUUUAAAUGAGUAUAACGUUUUUGUAUCUUCUGGUAAUUGAUGGUGCUAAUGAGCAAAUUAUUGAUGUGUUGUGGAUGAGGAGUUCUUCGUGCUCAUGGAUAUUGCUUCUAUGAUUUCAUUGCCGUGGAUUGUUUCUCAAUUGUUAAGAAUGUUGAUGUUGACAAGAUUAUUGUGGGUUUUGGAGUGCAGAAGAAAUAGGAAUCAAACCCGUCUUCGUUCUAUAGUUGAUUGUAUAGACUAGUCACUGUUGUGACUUGAACUGAACUAAAUAUAAAAAUGGUAUGUCCACAUGCUUAUUUAAAAUUCUAUUAUCACCUGUGGAGAGUACAAUGUAAAGUCAGACUACCCUUUUGGGGGUUGCUUGUAGUUUGCAACCGAAAUAUGUAAAAAAAUUUGUCUGUGCACUGUCUUCCUUACUUUGAAUGUGGCA